CUCUGACUUGGAACCUAGGCGUAGAGUUCAUCAGUUAGGAUAUUCUGGAAUGGUUUCAGUUUUGGCAAAUAGAAAACUUGGGGAAAAGCAUGUUGAGAAUCCAAUCUUUGAAGCUCUUAAUGAAGUAGCAUGGAUCUUUACUGAAGAAUCGCCAAAGAGUCAAGAUGUUGAUGUGAUGUUAAAAAACACGGAUUUGAGCUUGUUCUUUGAUGGAAAUGUUGCAGCUCAGUUUCAGAUUGUGUAUGGUAGUGAGAUGGACCCUUAUGGCUACAAAGUGUUCGAUCAAAUGUUUCUUAGAGGGUACAACUUACUGCAACAUAAGAAGAUGAGCAAGUUUCCUAAGUCAUGGAUGUUCAAGUUCAAGAACAGUUUGGAGGCACAAAAUUCAGCACCAGAACAACUAUUGUUUCUAGAUAUAGUUGCAGAUGCAAAAGGGACAAGAGACGGCUUGCAUAGGCAGUGUACUUUGUGUGAUAGUCAUGAGCUGCAAAUGCAACAGCAGAGAAAAUGUUCCAAGUUCUGGACAUUCAAAUAUAAUAACAAGGGUUUACGAGGAGAGAAGAUAUUAAUGAAGCAGAACCAGUCCAAUCACAGAGGAAAAAUCAAGUUUGAACAUAUUAAGCAUGCUUGUUGGCUGAUCCAAUGUAGAAAACAUAGUUGCUAUUUGUCAAUGUUGCUUCAGCGAUUCCAAUUUGUUGUUAUGGACUUCUCAAAAUUUUGGAGAUUUAGGUUCAAAGGCCAGAUUUUGGAGAUUUUCAUCGUUGUGUUUGAAAGAAAAAAGCUGCAAAAGUUUAGCUUGCAACUAUGGAUGACCUGCAACUUCACGGUGAAGCUAUGGUGCGGAAGAUCAAUAUGUGUUCAGCAGCUCUACUAUGGCAGGAGACAGAACAGAGAGCAUGGAUUGAUUGUACUCUACUAUGAGGAUAAUGUUGUGUGGUGGUCUCAGAUUGGGAAAGUAAUUCAACCUGCAACUUCUGCAUCUAUGUUGUUAGCUCUGCCAAUCAUCCCAACAACUUAUCUACAUGAAGAUGGAGCAUGAUUUUAACAUUCAAAGGGCAUUGGAACAGAUUCAAAAGUUUGGAGAUACUAGGAUGAAGGCUGUUUGUGUGCUUUGCUUGGGUGGUCUGCAUAUCUGUUUUCCAGAUUUAGGGAAGAGAAAGUUUUGCAAGGACUGGUGGUUUAAGUUCAAGCACAACACAUCUCUAAAGACAGCAGUGCAACUUACAUAAGUCACGUUAGUGCAGUGGAUCCGUUUCUCGGGAGCAGCUCUACCAGUGCAUCAACGAUUCUAUUCUCUACUGCAGUCUACAAUUGUUACAUCACAGCUUGAGGACAAGCUGUUUUGAAAGGGGGGAGUAUUGAUAAGAGAGCAUGUGAGAGGCACAUGUGAAGAGUAAAGAGAAGCAUGUGUGAAGUUUAGAGUAUAAAUAAGAAUAGUGUAAGAUUGUGAAGAGUAUCCUGCGUGAUCAGAAUUGUGUGAGUUUGUUAGAGAGCCUGCGUGCUCUGUUCUUAGAAGAUGAGUUUGGAGAACUGUAACUCCAUGCUUGUCAAUUAGGGUUUGAGUUUGUAACUAGGAUCGAGAGAGAUAAGAGAGAAGAGUUUGUGUCCUCAAUCUUAUCAACAGCAUUCAAGUUUUAAUAAUCUGUCUCU